AUGGUCAACUCUGUUGCUGCUCGCGACUUUACCGUGGGCUGGGUCUGCGCCCUACCCAUCGAGCUGGCCGCCGCUGUCCAGAUGAUGGACGAACAAUUCGCAGACCUCCCUUCCUUUCCAACCGAUUCCAACCUGUACUCGUUCGGCCGGAUUGGGGUCCACAAUGUUGUCGCCGCCUCUUUGCCCGCCGGUCAGAUGGGCACCAACCAGGCCGCCGUUGUCGCCAGCCAGAUGAGGCUGAACUUUCCUUCGCUGCGCUUCGGCGUCCUCGUGGGCAUAGCUGGUGGCGUUCCGAAUUCAGAAGAGGAUAUCGACAUCCGGCUGGGCGACGUGGUCAUCAGCCAGCCGUUCGGGCGGCAUGGAGGCGUCGUCCAGUACGACUUUGGAAAGACAGGGCCGGGUGGCAGCAUCGCACGAACCGGGACCCUCAACACGCCUCCCACGAUCCUGCUCAACGCCCUGGCAAAGCUUCGCGCCAAGGAUUUACUGAGCGAUACUCGCGUCCUGGACCAUUUGUCCAAGAUCUCUUCCAGUCCAAAGUUCGCGUCGCCCGGCCCAACUCAGGACGUCCUGUUCCACGCGUCGUCAUUGCAUCUGGGCGGGGCGACCUGCGCAGAAUGUCGCCCGGCGGAUAUUGUCAUCAGGGAACCGCGCAGCACGACCGACCCAGCCCUAUUCUUCGGUACCAUUGCAUCUGGCAACCAAGUGAUGCGGGACGGGGUAACGCGUGACCGAUACAGCCAGGACCUGGGAGGUGUCCUGUGCUUUGAGAUGGAGGCCGCUGGGCUGAUGAACAACCUUCCGUGCCUUGUCGUUCGGGGAAUCUGCGACUAUGCAGACGCGCACAAGAACAAGCUUUGGCAGCCAUACGCAGCGGCAACAGCAGCAGCCGUCACCAAGGAGCUGCUGUCCAUCGUUCCACCAUUAGCGGCAAAAGCUGAUUCACAUUCGAUCGAGACAGCUCGUGCAAAACGUCACUUCUUCGUUCCCUUCGGCCAGAACGAAAAUUUCGUGGGCCGGGAAGAUAUUCUACAACAGCUUCUCGAAAGAAUCCAUCCAACCGCUUUCCCCAAUACCUGCCAGCGGACCGUCAUCGAGGGCCUUGGCGGCAUGGGCAAGACCCAGGUGGCGAUCGAGUCGGCCUACCGUGUCCGAGAGGCACACCCGGACUGCUCCGUUUUUUGGGUCCCAGCCGUGGACAUGGUUGUUUUCGAGAACGCCUACCGUGAGAUUGGCCUUGUCCUUGGGGUGGAAGGUGUCGAGAGCGAGGGGGCAGAUGUCAAGACCAUGGUGAAAUCGGCGCUUAGCGGAGACGACGCUGGCCAGUGGCUUCUUGUUGUGGAUAAUGCAGACGACAUCGUUCUAAUGACUGAUGGCCGGCUGCAGUCCUACUUGCCGAUGAGCAGGCAGGGGUCGAUCCUGUUUACAACCCGGAAUCAUCAUGUUGCAUCUCGCUUAGCAAUCGGGAAGGGCUUGUUCAGGCUCCAGCCCCUAGACGGCUCCGAGUCCGCCCAGCUCUUACACCAGGGUCUCCAGACCAGCCAGAUAGGCGACCCGCAAAGCACGAUGGAUCUCCUGGAUUUCCUCGCCUCUCUGCCACUAGCUAUCCGUCAAGCCUCAGCUUACAUGGCCUCGAAUGCGCAUGUAACGGUUGCGCGGUACCUAGGGUAUUGCACAUCGAGCGACCAGACCACGAUCAAACUACUCAGCAAAGACUUUGACGCCCAGGAUCGAUAUGAAGCCAGCCAAAAUCCGGUAGCCACGACAUGGCUCAUUUCCUUUGAGCAAGUCGCCCUAGACAGCCCACUCGCCGCCAGAUAUCUGCGAUCCAUCUGCUAUUUUGAAGAAAAAGACAUACCCCUUGCUUUGCUGGCCGCUGAGGGUGACGAGAUGGAACGAGAUGAAGCGCUCAGUACGCUGAAAGCGUACGCGUUCAUUAAAGACCGGGAGAACCCAGACAGGUUCGAUAUUCACCGGCUUGUACGGCUCACGAUGCGGAACUGGCUCCAAAGCCGUGGAGAGCAGAGCCGGCAGGUGACGGAGGUUACCCACCAACUCUGGAUGGUGUUCCCAGUCCCAUCGCUCGGGAAUCGCGAGGUUUGGACGGCUUUUCUGCCUCACGCGCACGCGGCACUCGUGUUCCGGAACGAGUGUACAGAUAAGAUGGUCGUUCGGAUGUUACAAGAUGCCAUGGGAUUAUGCUAUCUCCUUCUUCGCAAGUUUCACGAAGCGGAGAAGAUGCUUCGCACGUCACCGGAGUUGCUGGAGACGCUGUUUGGCCCUGGACACAAGUACAUAGACGACACCAGGAACCACCAUGCCUUCGCCCUUUCCCGCAUAGGAAAGUACGAGGAGGCCGAGCAGAUCUAUCGCCAGGUGUUGCAAGACCUUGAGAGCGCCUUGAGCCAGCAAGACCCUACAACACUUGACUGCAUGGUUGAUUUGGGUCGUGUCCUUGGGAAGCAGGGAAAGUACGAGGAAGCGGAGCAGAUACAUAAGACAGUAGUGGAGCUACAGAAGCACGCCCUGGGGCGAGAAGGCCCGGCUGCGCUCGCCAGUAUGCGUAACUGGGCAUUAUUGCUAUCGGAGCAAGAAAGGUUCGAGGAGGCAGAGCCGAUGAUGAGGGAGGUGGUGCAGCAGUCAGAAGAGCUCAUGGGCUCUGAGGACUUGGUCGUGCUUAUGAGGUGCCAUGACCUGGCGGACGUGCUCGCAAGGCAGGGGAAGUAUGAGGAGGCAGAUCAAAUCCUUUCGAAGACACUAGCGUCGAUGAACAAAGUUCAAGGACCAGAAGAUCCACAAACACUGGAUAUCAUGGAGAGCUUCGCAGGGGUGCUGCGCAGUCAGGGUAGGUACGAGGAGGCAGAGCAGAUGUUCCGACAGGUUCUAGUGUCGAUGGGUAAAGUUCUAGGGCCAGAACACCCAGAGGCGCUGAAUAUCACACACAGGUUGGCGAUGAUCCUUUAUGAGCAGGGCAAGUAUGAGGAAGCGGCACUGAUCUAUAAGAAGAUACUGUCGGUGCAAACGCCACUCUUAGGAGUAGAGCAUCCCGACACGCUUCGGACUAUUGGUAGAUUGAGGCUAGUGCUCACUAUACUGGGCAAAGACGUCGCAGCAGAAGAUAUCCACUAA